AUGUGCCACCCGAAGGCUCUUCCUGUGCUACAACGCCCAGUCAAACAAACCUGUAUCGUCUUCGCUGUCUUCAACGAUGGAGAUCUAUUCUCCGCAAACUCCAUUACACCCAACACCGAAGUGGUACCAUGUAGAUUUCAUUACACCCAACGCCAAAGAGGAGAGUUCCGGCGAACACCAAAUCCUGUGAUCGGUGUCUUCACAGGAGUUGGCGAGAUCUUGCGCUUCUUCGGCUUCUGUAUCGUGUUCGCUGUCUUUACAGGAUUUAGCGAGACCUUGCGCUUCUUUAGCGUUAGGUGUAAUGAAAUCUACUAA